AAAACUUUACAACUCGGAGGUACGAGUGUAGAAAUGACGAGUGUGUGUCAGACACGUGUUGUACUAAUGAGUGUGUUAGUGUUUGUGCUGGUGUGUGUGUUUGAUCGGACACUCUCCAGGAGACACACACUCAACAGGAGGACAGAUCGCCUGAGUGCACCUUCUGGUUUGGAACUGCAGACAGUAAACUGCACAGCAAUCAGAAUUCAAUGGAAAAUCCCACACAGACACAAGACCAUCACUGGAUACAGGGUGUUCUAUGCGGAGAUGAGAGACGGUCAUUCCACUAGUCCCACUAUGACCCUGGAUGUGCCUUUGAGUGCACACACACUGCUCACUAGGCGGUUUGCUGGACAGUCGAGUUUAGACGUGGUGAUUGGAGGGCUGGAUGUUGGGACUCAGUACACUGUCAGUGUGGCUGCAUAUGAUGGAGCAGCAUGGGGACGUCCCAGCAUGCCAAGGGGAGUCUGUACCUCCUCCCAGGACGUGUGUAUGCCUCCCUCCCCUCCCUCCCAGGCUGCAGUGGUUGCCUUGUCAGACACAGAAUUAGCGUUGUCAUGGCAACUGGGCGAAAGUCAGGGCAGCUCACCUGUGCGUUACUUCCUGGUUGCGUACAUCAGGCCAGAGAUGGAUUCAGACUGGACGAUCAUCCGCGAGCCGGUGGAGUCAAACUCGAUGGUGCUAAAGGGUCUGAUUCCCCAAACAAAGUACCAGUUUAUCAUCAGAUCUGUAAACCAGCACGGUGUCAGUCCACCCAGUCCAGCCAACCCUCCCACCAGCACCCUGGGUCCAGGUGAAGUUGGUAGUGGUGAUCAGGAUCUCUACACUGAUGAUGCAGGGUUUGGUGUUGACUCAGAUGAUGAUGAUGAUGUGUUUAUAGAUGAGCUGGUGUCGGUUCCUGCGAUAAAGAACCUUCGCUCUGAACUCCGACCACCGAGCGUCGCUUCUGCUGAUGGACACGUCAUUUACAGAAAUACAAUAUUUCAGAACACACCUCUCCUCAACAACACCCCUCAGAACACACUUCAGUACGGUUACAUGGCAGGCGUUCGGACAUUAACCACCUCCACUGCUGCACCGAGCACACGCCCCACCCUGCCUACAACAGCACCUCGUACCGCUAGCAGCUCUAUACCCACUCCCUGGUCAGGGGCGGAGCCUCGUGUGUACUCUGUGCCAUGUGAUGACUCAGGGUGCCCCCCCAACAGCUUCUGCAGUAACGACUACCAAAGAGGGGGAUCACGAUGUCACUGCAACCUCGGUUACCAUGGAAACCUCUGCUCUGAAGGUGUGUCAAUCCGGUUCCCGAGGUUUUAUGGAUUUUCUCACAUGACAUUUGAGCCCCUGAAGAACUCGUACCAGAGUUUCAUCAUCACCAUGGAGUUCAAGGCGGACUCUGAGGAUGGUCUGUUGUUGUACUGUGGAGAGAAUGAACACGGUCGAGGGGAUUUUAUGUCUCUCUCUCUGGUGCACAGGAAACUUUACUACAGGUUUGACUGUGGCACCGGAGCAGGGCAGAUUGUGAGUGACAGCUCUGUUGUGAUUGGUCAGUGGCACACAGUCACUUUGUUUAGAGACGGAGUUAAUGGCUGGCUUCGGCUCGACAACAACAACCCUGUGUCUGGAAGCUCACUGGGUCACUACAGUAAAAUAACGUUCCGCACUCCUCUGUUUCUGGGCGGAGCUCCCAGUGUUUAUUGGCUCAUGAAGGCAGUGGGAACCAAUCAUAGCUUUCAUGGGUGUGUCCAGAGACUGUCAAUCAAUGGCAGGACAACUGAGCUCAGACCCUGGCCUCAGGGACACGCCCUCAGUGGAGCGGACAUUGGUGAGUGCAGUACCAGUGUGUGUGAAGAUGUGGUGUGUAAGCACGGUGGAGUGUGUUACCCUACGCGUGCAGACAGUUACAUCUGCCUCUGUCCUCUGGGAUACAGAGGAGUUUACUGCGAGGAGAGCUUCGUGGUGUCUCUGCCCCGCUUCAGUGAGAGUGUGCGGUCAUACACCAGCGCCCCCUGGCCUCAGCACACACACUCGUACCUGUCCUUCAUGGAGUUCCACAUCACCUUCAAACCCACCAGUCAGGAUGGGACUCUCCUCUACAGCCACGACCAGUACAGCCAGGACUUCCUGUCCAUCAUCCUGGUGCAUGGAGCUGUGGAAUUCCGCUUCGACUGUGGCUCUGGAGCUGCCGUCAUCAGAAAUGCACAGCCUGUCAGUAUGAACAUGUGGCACGACCUAAGAGUGUCUCGUACGGCUAAAAGUGGAAUUCUGCAGGUGGACAACCAGCAGCCAGUAGAGGGCAGUGCUGAGGGUGCAUUUACUCAGAUUAAAUGCAGUUCUUCUCUCUACAUCGGCGGAGUUCCUGAUUAUGAUUCCACUAAACCCAGUGCAGGAGUGAUCAGACCAUUCAGUGGAGACAUUCAGAGCAUCACGCUGAAUGACAGAGCUGUUGCUAUGGUGACGAGUCACGCGCUGGGUGUCAACGUAAUGAACACGCCCCAUCCAUGUGUGGAGAACCCUUGUGCUAAUGGUGGAACAUGCAGACCCAAUAGAGACCUGUAUGAGUGUGACUGUCCACUGGGGUAUGAUGGAGCACACUGCCAGAAAGAAUGUGGAAACUACUGCUUUAACUUUGCGACUGAAGCGAUUGAAAUUCCUCAGUUCACAGGCCGGAGUUAUCUCACAUACGAUAAUCAAGAGAUACUCAAGCGGCUAUCUGGGUCUAGGACAAGUGUGUUCCUGCGCUUUAAGAGCUUGUCUAAAGACGGACUGUUACUGUGGAGAGGAGCGAACCCGGGCCAAGCUCACACUGACUAUCUGUCUGUAGGCCUGAAGAAUGGAACACUGGUCUUCAGUUUUGACCUGGGCAGUGGAGCUGUGUCUGUGAUGGUUGAUGGAACCUUCAGUGAUGGAAAGUGGCACAGAAUGAAAGCAGUCCGGGACGGACAGAAUGGGAAGCUGACUGUGGAUGAUUAUGAAACUGAGACAGGACGAUCACCUGGCAAGAUGAGACAACUCAACAUCAACGGUGAACUUUACAUAGGUGGGAUGAAGGAGAUCGCUCUUCACACCAGUCGUCAGUACCUGGCAGGUUUAGUCGGCUGUGUGUCACACUUCACUCUGUCCACUGACUACCAGGUGUCUCUGGUCGAGGACGCGGCCGAUGGCAAGAACAUUAACACCUGCAGCACCUGAGCUCACACACCUGGACUGGAGGGGUUUACUCCAGGACUCACCUCAUGGCCGCAUGACACGGGGAACAGGAUCUGAUGGAGCUUCUAGAAGGUUAGAGGAAGAGAAGAAGCUCCAGAGGAAACGUUUAUAGUGAAGUGAAGAUAGAGUUCCACACUCAGCCCAGUAAAAUGUAAAGUCUGUUAAUCUCUCUCUCUCUCUCUCUCUCUCUCUCUCUCUAACAGUUAUAUGACUUUCUGAGGUUUUUAUCACUGUGUAGAUUUUAUGUGAUGAUUUUGUGUACAUUAUUUUUACACCUAUGUUUUUACACACUCCUUUUUCCAUCUGUAAUGUGACAUCAAUU